AUGCCUCUCGAUAUCAACAUGUUUCGGCGGGAACCCGACCUGAUUCGGGAAUCGCAGAGGAGGCGAUUUCAGCCUGUGGAAAUUGUGGACGAGGUGAUCGACCUGGACACAAAAUGGAGGGAGAGCCGCUCUCGCAUCGACUUCCUCAACAAGGACAGGAACCGCUACCAGAAGGAGGUGACCAAGGCCAAGAAGGCCGGGGGGGAAGACCCCGAAAACGCGGCGAAGAUCAAGGAGGUUGCGAAGGAGGUCAAGAUCGUGGAAGCAAAGAUGGUUGAGCUUAGCCAGCAGGUGUCGAAGCUCUUGCCGAAGAUCGGGAACAUCGUAGCCGACGACGUGCCGGUGUCUAACGACGAGGAGAAGGAUAACAAGGUGGUCAGCACGUUCGGGCCUACGCCUACGGGGGAGAAGUACAUGCACCACCACGAGGUGUUGCAUCGGAUCGGAGGUUAUGAGCCAGAGAGGGGGGUGGGGGUGGCAGGACACCGUGCCUACUUCUUGCGCGAUGCCGGGUUGCUCCUGAACCAGGCUCUCAUCAACUACGGCAUCGCGUUUCUUCGGAAGCGGAACUACUCGGUGCUCCAGCCGCCGUACUUCAUGUCGAAAGACGUCAUGGCAGGGGUGGCCCAGCUGGAGCAAUUCGAUGAGGAGCUCUACAAGGUUAGCGGCUCUGGCACCGAGGAAAAGUACCUCAUCGCUACCUCGGAGCAGCCAAUUUGCGCCUUCCACAAGGGGGAGUGGCUCGGCGAGUCCGAACUUCCUCUAAGAUAUGGAGGCGUGUCUACCUGCUUCCGCAAGGAGGCCGGAGCGCACGGGAAGGACACAUGGGGUAUCUUCCGCGUGCACCAGUUCGAGAAGGUUGAGCAGUUCUGCAUCUGCGAGGGGGACCUGGAGAAGAGCGCGGCCAUGCAAGUCGAGAUGAGCAAGGCUUCGGAGGAGUUCUACCAGAGCCUUGGGAUAUCCUACCGGGUGGUGAACAUCGUGUCCGGCGAGCUGAACAACGCGGCCAUCAAGAAGUACGACCUGGAAGCCUGGUUUCCGGCGUACGAGGAGUUCAGAGAGCUCGUCUCGUGUUCCAACUGCACAGAUUACCAGAGCCGUGGCAUGGAGGUGCGCUCCGGCCACAAGAAGAUGGGACAGGUGGAGAAGAAGUUCGUGCACAUGCUCAACUCUACGCUCUGCGCCACGACCCGGACCAUGUCGUGCAUCCUCGAGAACUACCAGACCCCCACUGGGGUUACGGUCCCGGAGGUACUCGUGCCCUUCAUGGGAGGCAUCACGUUCCUGGACUACGUCAAGGAGCUGCCCAAGGGAAAACGCGAGGCUAAGGGCGCCACAAAGGGGGGGUACGCCACCUCAGCAAAGAAACCCCCCGCCCCCCCCGCACCCGCACCCGCACCCGCACCCGCACCCGCCGCUGCUAACGGGGGCGCCGCGGAAUCUAGUGCUCGUGGGCUGCCGGGUUUGGAGGAGGCCAAGGGGGGCUCUGAGGCUGACGCGAUCGCUGACAAGAUCACCGCUAAGGGACUGGAGAUCCGCGAUCUGAAGAAGUCCAAGCCAGACAAGGCCACCCUGAAGCCCCACAUCGACACCCUCCUAGCCCUUAAGACGGAGUACAAGGAGAAGACCGGAAAGGAUUACGCGCCUCCCCCGGCUGCUGCUGGAGCAGCAGCUCCUCCUGCCGCUGCCAGCAAGGCGGCAGAAGCAGGGGCUGCUGAAAAGGAAUCCCCGGCUGCCGCAGCCAUCACCGCGAAGAUCGUGGCUAAGGGGGACGAGAUCCGUGAGCUGAAGAAAUCCAAGCCCGACAAGGCCACGAUCCAGCCGCACAUCGACGCUCUGAUUGCCCUCAAGACGCAGUACAAGGACGAGACCGGCAAGGCGUACGUUGCACCUGGGGCGACGGCGAAUGCCUCUUCCGGCGGCGGGGGGGGCUCGAAGAAGCAGCCGAAAAAGGCACGACAUAUUCGUUUGUUUUUUGUUGUUGGAGUAUCGAAGGAUGAGGAUGGCAGCAGCGCCGGCGCCGGCGGCAGAGCACAACGCUGGCAAGAAGAACAAGGGGGCUGGACCUAA